AUGAGAGGGCUUGGCAGUCACAUGACACUGAUUAAGCUUUAUCGCUUUCGUCUUUUCUUUUUCGGUAGGAGAAAAGCAAGAAGACGCAGGGAGCGAGACGAUAGGAAGCAGACGACGACGAAACUCUGGACGGCCGUGGUUCUCUCGCACAUGCAGGCCGGGAUGAAAUACAUUCAGGCAGCCAGCAGCAGCAACGGCAGCGACACAUUGUGGAAAGAUGGCACAGGGCCGAGCGGUGAAGAAAGGGCGUUUAUACCGAUUGUGAUAUCACUACGGAGUACUCUCGGUUUGGCCAAUACUCUCUACGGAGUACAUUAA